AUGGAGUCUCGCAAGCCGAGCUUCGACCUGGGCAAGGAGUUGACGUGUUCGAUAUGCACUGAGCUCCUCUAUCAGCCGCUCACUCUGCUCGACUGCCUUCACACAUACUGCGGAGCCUGUCUGAAAGAAUGGUUUCGCUUCCAGGCUGAAAAGGUCGGCCGCGCACCUACCCCGCCACCUCCAGAUGCAAUCAUCUUCACAUGCCCGUCAUGUCGAAGCUCGGUACGGGACACACGACACAAUGCUACCGUUGCGACGCUCCUUGACAUGUACACCGCCGCCAACCCGGCCAAGGCGCGGUCAGAGGCAGACAAGCAGGAGAUGGAGGAAAAGUACAAGCCAGGGGACCAGGUUCUACCCAAAGUCAAGACCAGGGAACGGACGGCCGAGGAGAAGCGCGCAGAGGAGGAAGACCGGAGGCUUAUCGACGAGGUUAGGGAGAUGAGUCUACGAGAGGCAGUUGCCGCAGCCGCGCCAGAAACCCAGCAAGCGAGAUCGGACGGCCGUUCGCAACGAUCAAGAGAUGGGAGAGGGGGGAAUGGGCAAAGCAAUACCGAACAUCUGGCUGUGGAGGGCGACUCGCAGGCUCGGAGCAGACGAAGCGAAUCCCGGCAACGUCAAGUCGAGCACCAGUCGUCACUAAGGUCUUUAAUCGGGUCCGAGAUGAGUGAGCGGGAUAUUGAGAGGGAAAUCGAAGAGUUUGCGCGGCAAAUCCAAGAAGAGGGUCUUUUAGAUGGCCUUGACCUUGACAACAUCGACUUGAGUCGAGAUGACGAGCUCAGUCAGCGCAUCACGGAAGCGUAUAGAAGGCGCCAACGAGGCCGCUCCAGGCAAGAGUCAGAAAGAAGAGCCGAGACUCGUGCAAAUGAUAAUGCUACAUCUACGUCAAGGGAUUCCAGGCUCCGGCCAGAUAAUGCCCGACCCCAAAGCCGACAUCGAGCGCAUUCACGAUCGACAAGCGAAGUUGGAGACAGGAAUAGGCCGCCAGUUUCACCAUCAGCAAACCUCGGAGUUCGGGAGCCGGAAAGGAGAGCAAGAAGACGAACAACCAGCGGCGGUCAUCACCCAACGCUGCCGGUAGGCUCGUCUCUGUCUGCUAUGGAUACGAGGCCCGCUGCCCACUCUCAAAAUGAUUUAGUCUUGAGGAGGGAUCCGAAUGAAUUUGAUCCUACGGCGUCAGUACCUGCUCUCAGAAUCGGAAGAAGCUCUAGCUCGACUACUGUCCCUGCUGCUGCUGCUGCUGCUGCUGCUCAACCGGCCGAUAGACCAGCAAUUGGCAAUGGGAAAAUCGCAUCCUUUGCAAGCCGCGCGCAGAGCUAUCCAUCAGCUUCCUCAACUCCAAAUUCUAUCAACUCCGAAUUGAUGGAAAUAACAGCGGCGCGAAAUUCAAAAUCGAGCCGACUAACUGAAGUGGUGGUUAGUCCUCCUGAUUCUCUGCUUUAUGAAGAGCCUUCGAUUAGUUGUUCAAGAUGCAAAAGGCCUGACAUUCAAUACGACGUGCAUUACAAUUGCAAGGCGUGCACUGACGGCCACUGGAACAUGUGUAUUGACUGCUAUCGAUCAGGCAAAGGCUGCCUUUACUGGUUUGGAUUUGGCUAUGGAGCAUGGAAGAAGUGGGAGAAGCGCAAACAAGCUGACGAAUCGAUACCCAUGCCUCACAUGCUGAACGCUGGUCGCUAUAAGCAGCCAGCGUCAACAACUGUUAGUGGGGACGGUAAGAAAAAAUUGACGACUGACGAUCCAAGGUCGAGACUGGAGACUGGCACAUUUUGCUCAGGGUGCUUUGCGUGGACCAAUGAUUGCUUCUGGCGCUGCGAUUUCUGCAAUGAGGGCGACUGGGGGUUCUGCAACAACUGUGUGAAUCAAGGCAAGUCGUGUAGCCAUAGGCUUCUGCCAUUGGCUCAUGAAGGAACGUUCAAGUCUACAUACGAGCCUCGCAGUCCCAAGUCGGGCGGUCGACCCUCUACAGCGACGGUCAUAACAGGGUGCGACAUUUGCAAGGAUAUCAUCCCGCCAUCUUCAACGAGAUAUCACUGUUUCAGUUGCUCAAGCUCGGCUGUGCAAGACGCCACUCCUGGCGACUACGACAUUUGUAAUUCCUGCUACAGCAACUUGGAAUCCAAGGGAGAUAUUAGCGAAGAGAACAGCUCAUCAGGGUGGAGAAGGUGCCCCAGUGGCCACAGAAUGGUCGUUGUUGGAUUCAUCGAAGGUAAACUUGGGCAGUGGCGAUAUGUGGAAAGGGACCUCGUCGGUGGGAGAGCCCUCCGCACCGAACCUCUCGAGAAUAUUGCGCAUCCGGAUUUUCAAAAGUGGUCAUGGAAUGAUGGAAAGGAAAAGGUAGAGCGCCUUGUCACCACAGAUGUGUCGGCGACAGCCCCAGAAAGCUUUGGUGAGAUAUCAUAUGCGCGCACGUUUCCACCAGAUGGCGGCUCCGGCCAGGUAGCCCAUGCAAUGUGGUCGUGGUAUCCCAAGUCUGGUGCUGAGGAUGAGCUCAUGUUUCCCCGAGGGGCCGAGAUACAGGAGAUGCGGGAUAUCAAUGGCGACUGGUUCUUUGGGACGUACAUGGGUGCCAAGGGUCUAUUCCCAGCACCAUAUGUUAAGAUGCCACAGCAGUCAUAA